CUUUGUCAAUAUGACAUGCAAUUCUUCUUUUCUGCUUCAGAUACUGAAUCUGCUAAAGCAUCAAGACAGCAGCUCAAAGAAGCCAUCCAUUCAGUGUUAUUCGACAUGAAUGUCCCUUCUGUUUGUGCCGUUAAUCAGGCAACGCUAGCCUUGUAUGCUGCAAGAAAAACUUCAGGAAUUGUUGUUAAUGUUGGGUUCCAGGUGACUUCAAUCGUCCCAAUUUUACAUGGCAAAGUAAUGCGGAAAGUGGGCGUUGAAGUUGUGGGACUGGGAGCUUUGAAGCUCACGGGGUACCUCCGAGAGCUGAUGCAGCAGAAUAAUAUACAAUUUGAGUCCAUGUACACUGUUCGAGCAUUGAAAGAGAAUCUAUGUUAUGUUGCUGAGGACUAUGAAGCUGAAUUAUCUAAAGAUACUCAAGCAUCCUUUGAAGCUGCUGGGGAAGGUUGGUUUACUCUUUCCAAAGAGCGAUUUCAAACCGGAGAGAUCUUAUUCCGACCACGUAUGGCAGGAGUGCGAGCAAUGGGGCUGCACGAGGCUGUGGUGCUUUGCAUGGACCAUUGCCAUGCUGCAGAACUAACAUGUGAUGAUUCUUGGUUCAAGACUGUUGUCUUAUCAGGUGGCAGUUCUUGCCUUCCAGGACUGGCAGAAAGGUUGCAGAAGGAAGUUUAUGGGCUUCUUCCUUCAUCCAUGGCCAAUGGAAUCAGAGUCAUUCCUCCACCAUAUGGUGCAGACACAGCUUGGUUUGGGGCAAGGCUUAUUAGCAAUCUAAGUACCUUCCCUGAACGUUGGUGCAUUACCAAGAAGCAAUUUCGAAAGAAGUCCAAACUCAACCUCAUUUUUUGAUUACCAUUCAUCUCGGGAUGUUUGCUCAAUAGUGAAAAUCGAUGCCAUCAUUCAGGUCGGGGUAUCUUUGAAACUUAAAAAAAAAAAAAAAAAAAAUUAAAUGAAAAUAAAGGGAGGAUAAAGAGUGUGUCAUAUAUACUUCUCUUUAUAGGAAAAUAGCAUCCUUUAAUAAGAGUGAUUUGGUUGAAAUAUAUUGUUGGUAAUAAAUUAAAUACAAAGAAGUACAAGUGUAAUAAAAUAUCACUUCUGUUUGUGUAUGGCAACCAUAUUAUAUUUCUGUA